UCCCAGAAGCCGACCGUUCCUCGGCAAUGGCGUUUCAUAUUUAAUAAAAUCUCCCUUUCUUCUCGCCCACUUUGUUUCACGUUUCUGUCUUUUGCCCAUCGCCUCUUCGUCUCCGCCUGCCCUUCUUUACCCAUCUCCUUAUCAGUCUUUCUCCAUACGUCACACUCAUACUCGCACUCUCUUGCUGGCACUUUUGCCACACACGUCGUCCCUAGAGAUAGCGAGCUGAGAAUGCAGCAGCAGGAGGAGGUGUAGGAGUCCCUCUCCCCUUUUCCCUUUUUGAGCGUUGUUUUUUUUUUGGGGGGGAGAAUGGUGACCGGAAAGGUGAAGGCGGCGAUGGGGUUCCAGAAGAGCCCCGCCACGCCGAAGACGAGCAGCCCCAAGUGCCAGUCGACUCCGGCGACUAACAAGUCGUCCCAGAAGCCCAGUUUCUCCAGAUCCUUCGGCGUCUACUUCCCCAGGGCUGCUCAGGUGCAGCCGCGCCCGCCGGACUGCGUCUGCGACAAGCGGUACGUCUCCGGCCUGGUGAAGAUGGUGGAGGAACUGCAGGAUACGGCGUCUCGGUUGCAGACUGAGGUGCUCGAGUACAAGCUCGUGAAGGAGUCGGCCAGCAUCGUGCCGGUUUUGGAGAAGGAGAUCGGGGAGAAGAAGGAGAGGAUAGGAGGUCUGGAGUCGGAGAAUGAGGGGCUGAGGGAGGAGAUCGCGGCGUUGAGGCGUUCGAUGGCCGAGUUGGAGGAGGACAGGGCGAGGAUCGGCGAGGAGAAGGAAGAUGCCGAGAGGAUGAGAAGGAGAGCAGAGGAGAGGGAGAGGGAGAUGGAGAAGGAGGUCGCGGAGCUCAAACGGGAGAAUGAGGAGCUCAGGAGGUCGGCUUCCGGCGAAGACGUUGAGGACUGCUCGUCCUCUUCUUCUUCUUCGCAGAAGCUACUACAGAGCAUGGCUGACUACUCUUCGAAGUCGAGUCUACUUGCAAAGAGCAUCAAGAAGACAGCUUGGGCGCCGCCGAUGCAAACGGUUUCCGCUGGCAGCUUUAAGAGCGAAGAGAGCGCGAAGGUUCCUGUUGAUCAGAAGAAGGAAGAGAGUUCAGCGGAGUCAUCGGUAACGCUCUCAAGGAAGCCGAGGAUCCCGAAGCCUCCGCCAAGGCCUUCCUCGUCGUCCACGGUCUCGUCUGUUCACUCGAUUGCAGAGCGCGCCGCAGCAUCGGCAAUGCCUCCACCAGUUCCACCACCGCCGCCGCCACCGCCACCGCAACUGCGGAAGCCAGAAAGCGACGUCCAAGCUCCGUCAGCCGCACCGCCCUCGAUGCCACCGCCACCUCCACCUCCGCCCCCUCCGAUGCGAACCCUAAAGCCGAAAAAGCCGGCGGCAGCAGUGCGGAGGGUGCCAGAAGUCGUGGAGUUCUAUCAUUCUCUCAUGCGAAGGGAUUCGAGGAGGGAACCCGGCGGGAGCGGCCCGGCGGACACUCCGGCGACGUCCAACCCCCGGGACAUGAUCGGAGAAAUCGAGAACCGGUCGUCGCAUCUCCUCGCGAUAAAAUCGGACGUAGAAACUCAAGGCGAUUUCAUCCGGUUCCUUAUAAAGGAGGUCUUGAACGCGGCGUUCACCGACAUAGAAGACGUUGUGGCCUUCGUAAAGUGGCUCGACGACGAGCUUGCUUUCUUGGUUGACGAGAGAGCCGUGCUGAAGCACUUCGACUGGCCCGAGCACAAGGCGGAUGCAAUGAGAGAGGCGGCAUUCGGUUACUGUGACAUGAAGAAGAUUGAAUCUGAAGCCUCGUCCUUCCGCGACGAUCUUCGCCAACCCUGUUGUACAGCACUCAAGAAGAUGCAGUCUUUGUUCGAGAAGUUGGAGCAGUGUGUGUACGGGGUAUCCAGAAUGAGGGAAGCUGCCACUAAGAAAUACAAAGCGUUUCAGAUUCCUUCUGAUUGGAUGUUGGAUACCGGAUUUGUCAGCCAGAUCAAGCUUGCAUCUGUGAAGCUGGCCAAACAAUACGUGAAGAGGGUGGCUGCAGAGCUGCAAUCGGUAGGCGGCCCAGAAGAAGAGGAGUUGAUGCUCCAGGGAGUGAGGUUCGCCUUUCGGGUGCAUCAGUUUGCUGGUGGUUUUGAUGUUGAGACGAUGAGGGCGUUCCAGGAAUUGAAAGAUAAAGCACAAUCAUUUCAGAUAGACUGUCACGCCCAACAACAGCAGCAGCAGCAGCAGCAACAUCACAAGCCCCUCAGCAAGUCUACGUCUUGUUGACUUUCACCACAGUAGUGUUGUACAUCGUUUACCCACGGUUGUAUCUGCGAAGAAAUUCUCCCAUUCCAAUGAGCAGGGAAGGAAAAAGAAGGUUAUUAUAUAUCUGUUAUCAUGAACAUUAGAUACUAGCGGGUAAUAAAAAUUUUGUUUAUUGAUC